AAUUAUGCCAGCUGUACGGGUGCACGAAGACCCAUACGACGUCGUAUCACCCUCAAGGAAAUGGCUGUUGUGAGAGGUUUAAUCAGACCCUGUUGGGGCUCCUAGGGACCCUGGACCAACGGAAGCAGAGCGAUUGGGUGAGUGCUCUACCGAACCUUUUGCAAGCUUAUAAUAAUAGCGUUCAUAGUACGACGGGGUAUGCCCCCACUUAUCUGAUGUUCGGCAGACAUGUGCGGAUGCCCACGGAUCUGGUCUUGGGAGUGGCCGCUGGCCAAGAGGAAGGGAGCGUGACGGAAUGGGUGGGGCGCCACCACCAACGGCUGCACUUUGCUUACGAACAGGUAUCCCAGAAGAUACGGGCUACAGGGGAAAAGAACAAGCGGUUGUACGACCGGACGGCCCGGGACGCCCCCUUGUUACCAGGAGAGAGAGUCUUGGUACGAGACAAUCGGCGGCAAGGCAAAGGAAAGCUGAGUGACCGUUGGGAGACCAUCCCGUACGUAGUCUGCAGCCAACAGAGGCCGGGACAGCCGGUGUACACCAUCCGGCCGGAAGGAAAAGCCGGCCCUGAACGUGUGGUACACCGAAACAUGAUUCGCCCUUGCCCAAAUUAUCCCGAGGUCGCGAAGGAGGUAGUGGCGGAGCCGGCACCGACGGCCCCCUGGAUGGAAGGAUGGGCUGUGGUACCAGGCCUACCCGUGGUGGCACCACCCCCGGCCGCCCCAGGAGAGCCAGAGCUAGCACCUGAGCCAGUUGAACCCCCGGCCGCCCAGAGGCAACCAGAGCCAGUACCAGAGACAGCCGAACCCCCGGUCGCCCAAAGACAACCUGAGGUUGUGCCCGAGCCCGCCGAACCUGAUCCCCCUGUGAGGCGCUCCCAACGGGAGAAUCAAGGCCGACCCCCUUCCCGUUACGGUGAGUGGACUACUCAAAAGCAUUCCAGGGACUAGAAUGCAUUGGCGGGGGAGGAUGUCACGGGGUGACGAUCUUUCAGGGCGGAACCAAAAGUUGAGGAAGUUUUGGUUCCGCCCGGAUGUUUCCGUCCAGACCGGAAAGACGGGAACACCGGACAUCCGGCAGAUUCGCGGAGGCUGUAAUCAGCCGAUUGGGCACAGCUGUGCCUAGUUGAAGAGAUCGCCGGGCAAUUGGAUGAUUGAGGAACAGAGAGGAGUAUAUAAAGCACAGUUAGAACACAGUUAGGGGUGCUUAGUGUGUGCUGGGAAACGGAGCUGUGCUCAUUGUUGGACGUGGUGGUUGUUUGUGUUUCUCUCUCUCUCCCUCUCUCUCGUUGUAAAUCUUUAUUGUGGACCUGCUGGAGUGAACAGGAAAACCCUAUGGGCAGGAAGGAACGCUGUUCUAACCAAUACUGAAGGAGUAAAGCAGGAAGAAAAAUUGACCUUCUGGUACAACGUAAACAAAGGCUAUUCGCCGUGAGUAUACCCUUUUCUGUGUGGAGUAACUGGCAAAAGUUAACUUGUGUAACUAUUGGAAACCUCCAGGAGAAGGAGGGCGGCCCUACCCCUAUAAGAGUGUGGUGGGCGAGCCGUUAGCAGUACAAGUUCAAACAGCCACCGCUACGAGACUUAUUGUGGUCGUAUUUCCCAUCGCCUUACCUUAGCCCAAGCGCAGUGGAGGACACCGGGCGCUUCUCUUGUUGUGGUGCACUUAUAGUGUGGUGAGUGAGACUGUGUAUUAAAUCCUUUUCACGUUGGAGUGGUGCUGUGUAUUUGCUGUGGGUUGCUGUGUGUCUUGUAGACGAAGCCCCGCAUCAUCCAGUUUCUUCCACUGGGCAGAGGACGGAGAGGCCAAUGACCUCAGAAACUAUUGUUACUGUAUGUAGUGUGCUGUUCGGAGUACGAAGGGACGCGGACAAAGAGCUGUCCGUGACCGUGAGUAAACCAUUGGAAGUAUUCGUGGUGUAAACUUACCUGUGUCUGUUUUGUCGCAGAGUCAGAGGCGAAAGGGUCCGCCGCCCCCGCGGUCUCUACAAAGGGGCGCCCCUGUCCAGGAUUCGAUCGGCCUAUGGGCAUUGGAGAUAGGGCAGCGCUCGACCCGGUGAGGUGGUGUGGGACCUUCGCCCCUCUGCUGAUCUACGGAGGAGAACGUGAUACCUACCCAGAAAGCUGUAAACAGCAGAGCCGCGGCCACCUGUGGAGAGAGAGCAGAACGAAAGUGAAUCAUUGAGGAGCAGACUGUGAACGUGAUACCUACCCAGAAAGCUGUAAACAGCAGAGCCGUGGCCUCCUGUGGAGAGAAUGGAAAACGAGAAGGAACAGGAGGAAAAUGGACUGUGUGAAGAUACAGUGGUGGUGGAGGAGAGCCUAGAGUGGCCAUUGUUUUAAGCCCCCCGUUUUCCCUUCCCUAUUUAAUAAUUUUAACUAAUUUAAUAAAGGAUAUUUUAAUAUUAUGCUUACCUUGUGUGUCUGGUCAUUGGGGUGGCUUUGGGAAUCUCCUCGAGGUGGAGAAAGGGGCGUGACCUUAUUUACAUCUGGGUCCACCCCUACCUGUGAC